AUGAAGUUCAUCACCGCUAUCCUCACCCUCGCCGCCGUGGCCGUCGCCACUCCCACCGGCACCAACCCCGCUCAGUGCACGCCGGCCACCUACUCGUGCGCCAAGAACCCCAGCACCCACGCUGAGGGAUGGCAGGUUUGCGAUGUCAACAGCAAGUGGGUGUACGCCGGUGACUGCCCCCCGAAGACUGUCUGCCAGUUCUUGGAGGCCAACGGAAGCCCUUAUUGCAUUCCUGCCAAGUGGUAA